AUGGAUUUCUUCUCGAAGCUAAAGAAUAAGUUGACGGCUCCCAAAGCGCAGCCUAGCCAUGCCGAGCAGCUGGGAAGAUUCAAUAGUAGCUGGAAUGCAGUUAGGUCUAUGCUGGAGACGCCUGCCGAUGAUAAAGACCGAAAACCAGUACAUGUCGAACUGAUUGAUAUCCAUAAGCACCUCGAGACUAUGACUGACGCACUCUGUAACGAAAGUCUCAGUUUAGAAGACCAGAAUACUGGUCUCUGUAUGGAAGAAUUCCUACGCAAUGAUAUCCUUCAGAAGCUCGUCGAUCUCUCUGAACCUGACGUUCCAGCUGGCGUUCGUGGAGAGGUUCUCCGGACCGUCGCCUACAUGAUUGAAAUGUUAGACGAUCAGUUCCUUGUUCAACGGCCAGUACACGAGCCGACAGUAAAGUUAUUGCGGACAUGUGUACAAGAUCAACAACAGAGUGAGAAAUACCAUGAAGAUUUGGUCGAUUUGAUGUAUUACAUAUGUUGGAAGAUGAAGGGGUUUCCGGAUCUGCUUAAUAUUUUUUUCCACGACGUGCACUGGUUGACUACGCCGCAGAAAGCUGCACCGAAAAGUGUGUUAGCUCACGGUGUACAGACGAGUAUUUCGUCCAGUAGCAGUCAAGAUGGGAAUCCUGACGAUGGGGUUUCCGUUGCCAGCGGUAGUACUACAAUGACACCGUUGAAGACAACAGAAUUCACCGAGGAGCCGGAGAAACCAGAAUACGAAUUUUUGUUGUUCUCUUAUCUGUUGCAGUUCGUACACAGAGAAGGUCGAAGUGGUGAUUUCGCUCGUACUGGUUUGCUGUUUAUCAUGGAUCUGGCUCAAGGUCAAUUGGGAGAUUUCAUUUUAGAGAGUGAUUUCGCCACGAUUAUGUCUGCUGGUUUGGGUGCUCUCUACUCACAGUUGCCUCGUAAAUUAAUGGUGAAAAGUUCUACUGGUGUACUUACUAGUGCUACGUUGUUGGGCUUUGGGGAUAAUACUAGUGCGGAAAUGGACCGCGCUCGGCAGAAUGGCAUUGAAGUGUCGUCGUCUCUAUCAUUCAAAGUGCAACUAGAUUCAUUCUGUAAGCUGUUGGAAUUCUGUCAGGAUGUAUUAAACCGUUGUCCGAGUGUCGAAAUAUCCCUUGCUCUUCUUCAAAACAUCAAAUCCAUCUUUCUCGAAAAUAUUUUAUAUCCAUCAAUCAUGGAAUGCUCAGAUACAGAUGGUUCGGCUGUGGCUGUCAUAUCUUAUAUUGAUAUGAUUCUACAGUCAAUAGAGCAGGAAGAACUGGUUGAUGUUAUUGUCGGCUUUCUAAUGGAUUCAGAUAGUGACAAUGAAGAUUUUUGGAAGAAAAAGGCUACAAGCAAGGCGCAAAAACGGCAAAGUACUAUUAAUCUUUUUGCCGGGGUCGAAGCCAGUACAAUCACAUCAUCUCCUUAUUUUACCGCAGUUGGUCGAUUUACGCUUAAAGAUUUGAUUUUCUCCCGACUGAAGUCGUCUUCACAGCCAACUGUCAUUGCCGCUCUCAAAUUGCUCCACACAAUGAUUUCUAAGCACUGCAGGUACUCGCUCAGACUUCUUAGUUUCGAGCCGGAUGAAAGCGCAACGUGUUUCCCUAAACCACACUACUUGGAAGAAAUGCGCCAGACAGAUUUCUCUGUAUCGCCUGGUGUUGGUGGACCUCAAAAAUUGACAACUAUUAGUCAUCAUUCCAGAGAACUCGAUCUAUUUUUCUCGCUCAUUUCAAUAACCGACCCUUCUAAUAAAUUGGAUGUUUUCACGAAUGGAUACGAAAACUACGUUCGUGAUGCUGAGGCAAUUAUUGAAGCUGAUCUUUGUUAUCGUAAAGGUCAAGACUUGGAGUGGAAUGAAGAGGGACCAUCCAAGCCUAAAGUAACAAAUAAUACAAGACAGAAGAUUUUAUACAGUCAGAGGGGCGCAGGAAAGCUUUCUUCAACGGGAAUAUCCGAUGUUCCUAGACAUCGGUUGAAUCCCACGGAUCGGCAUAAUCCGAGUGAUUCGCUCCUGCAAAUCCUGCUUGGAGCGCUAGCUAAUUUUUUCGUAAAUUCUCCCGAAUUAAACCUUGCGCUGACCGGCGUCAUUUCUGCACUAGCUAUGUGUCCUUAUAGAUCAUUAGAGGGCUGGCUUGUAUUCAGUAGUGUCGAUCGAAUUGAUCGUGGAGAUCGUCGAGAGGCUAUGGCAAAGGAUUGGGAUAUCGAUAGUGAUUUCAAUUCGUUUGCGGAUAGGGAUGACAAGCCAAUCAACGGAACCUUGACAAAACAAGUUGAAUACUAUCGUAGCAUGAUUGAUGGCUUUGAUGAGCACUUGAAGAAACGUAGACAGGGUUUAUUGGAUACUGAGGAUGAGAUUGAUGAAAACUACUUCCGACAGCCAAUUCCAAUUAAUACACCCCAACCAUCAAGGAGGAUGAGCAAUCCGGCGUAUCCGUCAUCUAUCAGUACAAUUGUGAGCAGUUCAUUUUCCUCUAGUCCAAGCCGUAGGGGAACUACGUCAUCUUUACCAGGACGUAACCAGAAGAUGUCUUCUAUUCAUCGAGCAGAUUCUGCUCCGCCUACGCAAUCUUCAUCUAAUGUGACUACUACUCUUGGUACUCAUUCUCGAGAGACGGAGAGUAUUAAAGUGCAACCGCUGUUUCCAGCACAUUUCGUUAAUGACGAGGAGGAGGAGGAUGUCAAUGAGUUAGUAGAUGAGGAUGACGAAGAAGGCUUCUCAUCCAAAAAGUCUACGAGGACCAAGACAAAGGAGAUUAAACCAAGCGAGAUUACUUUGAGUGCCCUGUUAAAUAAUAUUGUGAUUCUGGAAGAGGCUAUUAAGGAGUUGGUUGCUAUUAUACAAGUUAGGCGAAGUUUAGGUAUCGAUGAAAUAAAAAACCCAUUGCUUGCCGUGUUUAACCAAGCAACGAUAUAG